AUGCUUCCACAGAGACCCCGCCGAAUUAACAACCGAUAUGAGCCAUAUGGUAGAAAUGGCAACUCUCGACGCCAGGGCCAAGGCCAAAACUCCGACCAGCACCCAAACCAGCACCAAGGUGAAGGUGUCAGACAACAAUACUUCCGUGGUUUCACCCAGGGCUUCACCCAAGGUUUCGCAGACCGGGUUGCUCUGUCCCAGGGCUUCACCCAAGGUUUCGCAGACGGGGUUGCUCUGUCCCAGGGCUUCACCCAAGGUUUCGCAGACGGGGUUGCUCUGUCCCAGGGCCAGCACCAAGAUAACGACCAACACCCAAGCCAGCACCAAGCUCAAGAUGUCGGAGAGGACCACACCCAGAGCUUCGCCGAGGGUCUUGAAAAAGGCUACGAAAGGGGUUUCGCCCAGGGCUUUGCUCAGUCUCAGCCCCAGGACCAGGACAGCAACCAGACUGGAAAUGGUUCUGAGGUUUCUGAGGUUUCUGACCCCCAUGGACAAAACGAGCCCCAGUCUGUUCCAGACAGGCCGGUUAGUUUUGUCACCAACAAGGAUGGGUUUCUCCAAACCCCGGGUGUCGCGUUCGAGCUCUCGGAGGGCGGCUAUUUCCUCAGGUCUGGCUAUGCAAACCAGGUGGUGCAAGUUUGCGAUAUGGCAGCCCAGCAGAGUAACAUCCGCCAAAUCGGCCUCCACGUGUUCCCCAUCAACGAGGUGCGCUCUGCUGAGUGCCAACGUGCGGAGAAUACCACCUGGUUCAUGGAAACCGAUCCGAGUACUGGAUCCAUUACCUAUCGCCCUCGUCCCAAUGGACAUGAAGAGGCCCAGUAG